UCAGGUUCAUUUGAACUUUUAUUGUGAAACCGGAAAUGAAAAUCAGAUUAUUGUUGCUAGCUGGACCAGUUUAGCACCUGUUCUAUAGCUGUCAGUCAGCGGGGCUAUGCUGGCCGUCUGAAAGCCGAACUGAAGGCACACAGACGGGAUCUCUGUGGAUUAUUGCUUCCAAAAAGACUGGAUACCAAGAACCAUGGUGACCAAGAAGGUCAGGACAGAAUAUAUGAAGAAGUUCAGGGAUCCCAAAUGGGAGACGUUCUCUAAAUGCUACGAGGAUUCUCUGAAAUACCGCCUGACCCGGCGAGUGAUGGAGCAUUCCCACAAGCCCUGGUUCUGGGAGAGCUGGGAGACCGCUUCCGACUCCAGCGGCUGGUCCACUCCGAGACUGACCAGAAACAAGGUUGCUCCUCUGUCACUGCCGCCGCCACCUGUGUGCUCAGAGGUCAAACAGAAGCUUAUGGAGGUGAAGACCAGUCUUGAUUUGAAGCCAGAGGUCAAACAGACUGAAGAGGAAACGGGAGAUACUCCUGUUGUAGACUUUGCACCAACAGCAGAUAUUUUAGAAAAUGGCAUAAACAGGCCUGGGGCAGUUUCAGCGUCCAUACCUCCAGACACCAGCGGCCCCUCAGACGACACAGCGACAGACAACAAGCCCGACAGUUCGGAUUCGUCUCACGAGAAGCCGGUGAACCCAGCGCCGCGACGACGCCACCGCUGUCGCACCCCUCGCUCUGUGCCGGCGCAGCGGGACAGUUCCCUCGCAGAUAAACCAGCUGUGGUCCAAAAGCCACCGAGAGCCAAGAGCCAACCAGCAAUAAGCAGCAAGGCGAACCGCAGACCGUCCAGCAGGAUGGACUGGACUGAGAGACAACCAGAGAGCAACACGUCCGCCGCCGGCGUCCAGACGCAGCCCGACAGGCGUAGCUCCAAUCUGGACCGUCGACGGGCCCGGUCGGCCGACCUGGAGAAGACGCGGCGGUCACAGCUAACGAUGGCCGCAGCUGACGACCGCUGGAUGACAGAAUACAUGCGGUGCUUUUCUGCCCGGCUCAGGUAGAGGCCGGAUCCAUAAAGAACCCGUGUUUACCCAGCAGCGGACGAACAUGAGGAGCUGCAGACUGUUCAGCUGACUGAGCAACAGGCUGGGCAGCAGGUUGACUCAAAGUGGUGAAGAAGUUGGCAGGAGAAACUAAAUUAUUCAAACCCCUGGCAAAAUACCUAAAAGAUACCUAAAGUUUCUUCUAACUGGAAGCAACGUUAGCAGAGUGUCCCCUCAUCCUGAAAUUCACUGGCAGGUCUUAAAUUUUGUCAUGGCAGUACUAUACAAUCUCAAUAUAUGCAGUUUGUUUUUCUUUGGUCAAAUAAAUGUUUGAGUUGGACAAACAUUUUUAUUCUAUUAUGACUGUAGGAAUUGAGGCUACUGCUAACUAGCUGCUAAUAACCCUUACUAUCUAGCUUAUUUUGUAUAUUUAAUGGAAAAGUGUAUGUUUGUUUUCACUACUGGCUCACAACCCAUACGAUGCCAUGUAAAGUUUGUACAUAAAAAAAAACACGACACUACUACAUUAAAUAUGCGACUUUCUUUUGUACAUUUCUGUUCAUAAUGGUUAUUAAAAUGUCUUAAAAAGCCUUAAAUUUGAGUUGUUGAAAUCUACAGAAACCCAGAUUAAGUUUUUUUUUUUUUUUUUACUUGAAUCUGAUAGAAAAUCUCUGAAUGGAGCUAAAAAAUUAUGGUGGAGCUCAUCACAACAGGAGAAUCAUCAAAACACCAGGGAAAGACAAGCAGAAAGGUGCUCAACAACCAGAAUAAAGGCUUGUAAAUCAAGUCUUUCCUGUUAAUCUUGGAGAAGAUUAUGAGUAAUUUUGAAACGCAAUUUUUAGUAAAACAAAAAAUAAAAGCAGAUCAAUAUCUCUGCAUCUGAAAUCUCCUGUCAUCAGUGUAUCUAAACAUUAUCAAUAAUAGUUAAAAAGAUGAUGUUUGCCAACAAUUAUUCAGCAUAACCCUGCUUGCUUCUUCACUUCAGAGGCAGCUGAGGUGUAAUGUUGCAUCAGUGAAUCUCUGCUGCUGAGGAUAAAACACCAGAGACGUUUUCACCUGCAGAAAACAGAAAUUCUCCUGUGGUGUAGAAAAGUAAGAAAUGAAAAGAUCUCCGUGUUUGAAUCUCGUUUUUGGAGCUAAGCGGAAACAGAAGUCAGUAAUCUGCAGAUGCUUUCAUAUCCUGUGUGGUUUUGCCUCGAUGGCAGGGAUUCAGUGAGCGCUACGCUGCCCGGUCUGCACUGCGUCUGUGUGAGCCGUGAACAAGGAUCUGGGAUUACAGAGAAGCUUUUUUAACCAGUAUAGACUUUAAGAAAGUGCUAACAUGCUACUGUCUGAAUGUGCAGGAUCUCAUUUCUCCAACCGCUGUACUUUAAAUGAGUUUAUAAAAAGUCGUUCUAGUUUUGUUUUACUUCAACUUUUCUCUCACUCAAAGGCAGCUGAGCUUUUCCAACUCUGAGGAAGCAGAGAGGUGCAAAUUAGAAUAUUUUUGAUAUCUGGUUUGUAUUUUGGGAAUAAGGACUUCUAGUUUAGAGGUUAAUAAAGAACAGAUAAAUAUAACUUAUAAUCUAAAAUCAGUAUUGUAGUCUAACAGAAGAUAUAUUUACGGCACGCUGGCCUUAUAGUUGCUAAAUGAACCUCACUUUAUUUAAAACUGGAGAUAAGCUGUGGAGGUGGGCGGGUUUUAUUUAGGUAAGAUGCAACAAAAGGGGACGUAAUGUAACAGUUGAUCAAAUAAUGCUUUAUUUAUCUGAAUGGCAAAUUUAAAUGAUGU